GGUAGCAUGCAAGUGUCGGCAGACAGUCCAGAGCAAGCAGCACGCCCACAAUGUUCAGUGGAGCAACACAACCAAGAACAGCAACGAAACAACAGCCCCUUGCUUGACAAAGAUUCCAAGGCACCUGAAUGGAAAACUAAGCAUUUUCAUUCGAGAAGCCUCUUGAGUGGUUUACUUGUGUCAGACACAAGCUGACUAGAAAUGAAAUUUUAGUGGCUGUCCCAUUGUACAUUUAUUGAUAUAACCAUGUUGAUGUUUGGUUUUGAUGUACCUUUUCCUACAGAGCAAUCGGCUGACAAAGAUAGAAGGGAUGCAAGGCCUGGUCAAUUUACAAGAGCUUUACUUGAGUCACAAUGGCAUCGAGGUGAUAGAGGGCUUGGAGAACAAUAAAAAAUUAACAACGCUGGAUAUAGCAAACAAUCGGGUCAAGAAAAUUGAAAAUGUCAGUCACCUGACAGAACUUCAGGAGUUCUGGAUGAAUGAUAAUUUAAUUGAUCACUGGAGUGACCUCGAUGAGCUGAAGAAUGCCAAAGAUCUACAGACGAUCUAUCUUGAGGGUAACCCGCUGCAAAAGGACCCACAUUAUCGACGCAAAGUAAUCUUGUCCCUUCCCUCUGUGCGACAGAUCGAUGCAACCUUUAUCCGAUUCUGAAACUGGAGCACCUUCUCAUUCCUGACUCAUUUCAGGAAAGCUCCACAUGUUAUAUUUGACUGAUACUCUUAAGGUAUUUGAUAAAAAGAUACUAAGUUAUAGCUAAACAAUCAAAUGCAUGAUUUUGUUAUUGACUCCUUUCUGAUAAACAGGCUCCUGUUUUAAUUGAUUCAUCUUGUAUGCUGCAGUCUUGCACAGUGUCUCACUUGAUCCGUAACGCCAUCCUUUGCUUGUGAGGACAAAAUGUGUCUGUGUUUGACCUAUUCUUUUUGUAAGGAAUGAACAUUAAAAGUACUGAAAUGCA